CUACUCUGCGAAGGGCUAUUGUAUCAUAUUGGGGGUUUCACACGGUCCGGCGCGCGCCGCACGGCUCAACCUCUAGUCUUGGGUUUGCCACUGGAGAGUGAAGACGUACGUAUACUUCGGUAUUGUUUUUGUUCAAGUGUGUUGUUUUUUUUUUAAGUAAAAAUGAGUGAAACACAAGAGGUAGUGGCAGUCGAGACUGAUGAAGAUAUUGACAUGGAAAAAUUAAUUAUGUUUGUGGAAGAAAGAUCACUGCUGUGGGACAAGUCGAUAGAGGAGUAUAAAGACAGAAACAAGAACAGGGAAGCUUGGAGAGAAAUCUGUCAUGCGCUAUUUCCUGGAUUUGAAGACAAAUCCGCUUCUGAAAAGAAACAGUUGGGGGACAACUUGCUGAAGAAAUGGCGAAAUAUAAGGGAUAGGUGGAUGAAGCACAUUCGACAAGAUAAGGAUUCAAAAAGAUCAGGAGCUGGAGCUAGUAAAAUAAAAAAAUACAUAUAUCACGACCAACUUCAAUUUUUGAAGAAAAUAGCUCACCAACAUGACACAGAGUCAUCCAUCAACGUACCCGAAGGCAAUAAUUCUGUAUCACCGACGGAAGAUAUAAUAGACAAUACAGGAACUCGUAUUCCAGCGCAGCCAAACAAACCAAAAGUAACAAGAAAAAGGAAGAGAAACGAAGACGAGUUCGAACUGAAGAUGAUGAAAAUCUUAGAACAGCCGUAUGACGAAGAAGAAACUUACUUUGGCUUCUUCAGAAGUAUGGUUCCAACUUUAAAGACCUUUACUACUGACCAGUUUGUUGAAUUUCAGCUAGGCGUUCUCGGGGUUUUAAAAAACGUCAAGGCCCAAGGACAGGGUCAAGGAACCAGCCAGGUCCCUACUUCGCAAUACCAGCAAGUCCACUACCCAUAUCCCGGGAGUCAGCCUCAAAACGUGUAUUGUCCUCAACAACAACCGCAGUUUGCUCCGCAAUUUUCAAACCAGACCUACAUCAACCCAUACAUUCGUCCGAUUCACCCACAUACCUCAACCAGCAGUGAACAGUACUAUCCAAUGAACCAACAAACCAGUCAAGAAGCAAGCAACCAGCAGCCAACGCCACCAUCACGGACACCAACCCCGCAUCGUGCUACAGCUACUCCAGCAUCAAGUGUCUUGUCCUUGGAUUUCGAAGGAGAUUCAAAUGAUUUUAAUAUUUGAUAAAAGUAAAAAUAUAAAAUUUCUUAUGUAGCAGUAUUACUCUUUUGUAUAUUUCUUAUACAAUAAAUGUUAUCCAUGUACAUAUUUGUAAUGUUUUUGUAUAAACUAACCUUAAAUGACAUAUCGACUAUAUUUACAAAU